AUGUACGACCACGAUGACCUGAAUAGUCCUUCACACCAGCCAUCUGUAGUCAGCCCAUGUUCGGACAGGCCGCCUCAAUUCAAUUGGAGAAACUGCGGAUAUGAUUGUGGAGAAGGAUGCGAGAAGCCCAGCGAGGAUGAAGGCGGUGCUGGAGUAAGCGACGAAGAGACUGCCGUUGAUGCGGAUGAGGAUCAAAGCUCGAUGACUGAAUCGCAAGACGAAGAUGUCGGAAUGGCUCACGAUACAAAUGACUCCACAUCAGGUUUCUCAGACCAAGAUUCGACAGACUGUAUUAAUACUGUCGUUUAUGGACAACCGCCUGAAGGAAGUCUGAUCGUCGAACCGUGUGUUACGGCGGACCACUCUCCAUUUGCACACAGCCCAGUAACCUCCACCGGCGGAAGCACUCGCAGCCGAUCGCCUGAUCCAGGAAUUCUUUAUUGGAUUAGUAGCAUGUCUUUUGCCACGCCAUUGCCUAUUGGCAUUGAAUACCAUUUCUUGCAGACACCUCUGCGUCUCAGCCCCCAGUACGAACACUGCCGCGGGGACCCAGCGUCUCAUCUGGUCGUUCCGGAUCGCUCGCCUCUCUGGUAUUUGGUGGAACAGUCGUGGAAUGGGGAUGCGCCUGCAUAUGGAUACAUUUCUCCGCCGUAG